AAUGAUUUCAUUACGUUCAACGUGUGCAGUGAAUGUAUACGUAAGUUAGACGAGUGCGUUAUUUAUCAUUUUUGCUUCCCGUAUUAGAUGUCAAAACUAGAAUAUUCAGGUUUUUUUGCGAGAGGAUAAAUUCGUGAAAGAGGAAAGCCGUCAAGAAAAAGUUUAGUGAAGGAAUCAUUCCAUUCCAAUCUACGUGAAGUUUCAUUAUGAAAUGUCAGCGUCCGAGGCAACAGCUGAAUUCGUAACAUCUGAGGAGAUUUUUCCCCAACAAUCCCCUCCCGGAAGACGACGGAAACGCACGAUCAUGGCCCAAGUUCGUCCGGACAUUUACGGAGAUGAACAGCAUAACGGGACGGAAAUGCCCGAUCAUAUAUCCGGUGAAAACCGACAAAAUUCGAACGGUCCAACAACUUGUCCCGAAAUUCAAAUAACACCAGAUACACCCAUUGAUGAAAACUCAGAAAGUCUGGCGUUAAAAACAUUAAUCAACAAUAUGCCAAAUUCAUAUGAUCAAGACGACGAUAGUAACCAACAUAUUGAAGCUUUAACCAAAAUAGCAGACACAAACGAUGAAGUAUUUAUCGAAGAAGAUGAAAAUUUACCACAACCACACGAGGCUGAACAUACUGCAGAUACAGAAAAGAGACUCAGGUUAGAAAACAAUCAAACAGUCACACAUCAAAAACACCAAAUAGAUAAAGACCUACCAACAGAUAUAAUCUACGAUGAAACAAAACCAAGACGCCUUGCCAAUCCUAAAAACCUGAAGAUUAAUACGGAUAGACACAAGGAAAGGGUCCUCCAUGACAGCAUCGGCUUCCUCAUUUCCCCCGACGGGCCGGAGGAAGGUGCGAGCCCCGACCGCCGCCGGCGGAAAACCUUUAUAGCUGAGGAACCGAGCGAGGGAUGUGAUCGUCGGCAAGACGAGGUUCCUGUGAAACGCGCGCACUCUGAAGAUUACCGGCGACACUAUGAGAGGAGCCCGGAACAACAGCGGCGGCGGCUUUCGCCGAGUCCGUCCUCUCCUGUGCAGCGCCUUAUUGAACAAAAGUCGCGUAAGUUUUCCUCGGAUGCCCGGCUAUCGCCCUCGUCGGCGUCGCUGGAAAUGCGAACCACCGGACCUCGUCGGAAGAUUUCGUCGGAUGCACGGUUGCAGCGUACACGAUCAGCGGAAUUCAUAGCAGUGCAAGAUACGCCGAGAACACGAAAGGUUUCCUUUGACACUACGACGCUCAUUAACGGUAGUAGAUAUCCUCUUAAUGAUGAAAUACGACAAAGCGUCUGCGAAGAGCCUGAAUAUUAUUCAGACGAAAAUACAAAUAAUAAUGUGAUAACCUAUGAGAAUGGUACCAGACCAAAGAGAGUGUCGUUAAAGCAAAUUACGUCAGACAAAGACGAGGGACUAGGUACAGAGGAUGGAGACAGCCCUGGAGCUAUUGAAAGGACAACCAGCGAAUUAAGCAUCAGCGACGUUGAAGAAGGAUACGCCAGCGGCAUAGACAACCGCGCGUACGUGGCAGACGAUGAAGACUCCCUAAAAGGCGUACAUCUUGACAGCCAUAGCCCGCCGCCGACUUAUCAAGAAGCCGCGGAUCGCCCCGUCAGACGUCUGUCGCCGGCGCCAAUUCGGGUGCCCGUUUAUGAUCAACCGGCGAUUAUUCAGCAUACCAUGGUCAAUCCGACACAAAAGAUAUCGUCUGUAUCAUUGCCGGCGAGCUUUGGAACCCGACGGGGAUCAUCCGACACACCACCGAAGUCUAUUCUGAAACAACGACCGAGUGAUAAUGAGUCAGUCGUGUCUGAGGAUUCAGUUGCUGGACAUCAGUUUAAAGUGCGGAAAGACUCCAUUGCACUUUUUGUAGAUCAACAUGGAACUGCGGCUAUGCAGGAGUUACGCAAGCAAUAUGGUGUUCGUCAUUGGAGAUGCUUCGGAAAGAAUAACCUCAAACAUAUGUGGUCCGAACGGAAGCGGUUGGUAGAGAAGUAUAAACUGCACUUGUUGGUCCUUUUCCUGUUCUUGCUGACGCUUACUUUCGUCGUCGUUGGUCUCCAUUUCCACAGUGAACACCACGAGUACGUCCAAUCUGCACAGAAGGUCUUCUUCGACGGAAAGAAGCGGGUACUAACAUUGGGCGAUUCCGCCGGGCUCGAUACAUUUUCUGGGGCAUUAGGGCUUGACAUACCUUCGUGGAAAAAUCCUACGCAUUGUUAUCCAGAUUACGCGCAGAUUUUGGACAAAACGUGUUUAAAGUGGCGAGAACAUGGAAGAUUGGAUAUAAGUCACUUUGUAGUGAACAAUACACAGUGCUAUAACGUAACGUGGAAUAUGCAGCACGGAACAGCGCCGUUUGAUUGUUACAACAUCGGAAGUGGUUACUGGUACGGGCCUGGAAAUCGGAGCGAAAGUCAGUGGCCGAUACGACAUGACGGCUUUAGGUUCACCGUAAACAGAGCCAAACAUCAUGGAAGCGGAACGUUCACUUCAGCCAUCGAAUAUUAUUGGAUUUCUUCAAACGGCGAAGCAGUGGUAGUUGAUUCCAACUACCCCUUGGAAAUUAGCUGGAACCGGAGACGGGUCGGUGCGUUUUGUAUUAUUGGUAAAGAUACCGGUGAUUUUUAUCACCAUGACGACAUGUAUCUCAAGACUUUUAAAUACACUGUCUGUAAUGGGGUAAACAUAAGGGAUACCCACAGUUUCAUUCGAAAAACGUACUUCCCAACCGUUACGGCAAUGCCAGAAAGAUCAUUCUUGCAAUAUCCUCAUUGGUCGACUGUUUGGGACGCUGAUGAUUUUCAACUGAACGAAAGUGUCAUACAAAACGUUGCGACGUCGCUUAUUAGAAAUAAACUAAACUGCAGUUCUCUGGAACUGGAUGGCAAAUGGGAAUCAAAUUUCGGAGAUUUUACAUUCAGUCAACAUCAUUUCAAAAAUCUUACAAAUCUUACGACGUCUAUUAAACAGACAAAUUGUGACAUGUCCCUGAAUUUGUACCCGUUCUUCAGCUUUCGUUCUGUUAAUUUCCAAGAGGGACUUAACAAAGAUUAUUUCGUCAAAGACUUCGGUGGCUCAGUACCGGCACUUCUACGUUGGGAACAUGGCGUUGGCGUCAUGCUUGACGUCUCGAAUCCGAUUGCACGUGAAUGGUACAUGUCUAAAAUACGAACCAUAGCAGAGAAAUAUGACAUCAAGACAUUCCGGUUCGCCUACGGGACUUCAUCUUGGAUACCACACAAGCCAGUUUUUCAUAUUGACGAAAUGAAUCCUAACCAAUUAAAACAAAUGUUCUCUGAUAUGGUCUCAACACUUGGGAACUCAAUAGUAGAGAGUACCUCUCAGUCUCAGCAUAUUUCGCAUCUAAUUGCAUUACCAUCGUCAAUCGUCGAGACGCAUGGCCAAAAGUGUUUGAAAAAUAUAAUUCCUGAUAUUCUCAAUCUCGGUUUAAUGGGGUACCCGUUCGUUAUGUCCGAUGGAUUCGAUGUUGAUCACGACGACGAAGAUGAUAUAGCCAGGUAUCCCAGCAGAGAAUUAUAUAUCCGGUGGAUGCAACUGUCCGCAUUCCUUCCGGCCAUGAGAUACACUAUCAAACCCUGGCACUACGACGUCGGUGUCGUUGAAAUUUCGAGGAAUCUAACGAUUUUCCAUUCCACCGUAGUUAUGGACGCAAUUUAUGGGAUGCAGGGUCGUAUCCUAGCGGGCGAGCCUGUAAUGGAGCCGCUAUGGUGGCGUAAACGCGCUGAUGACGCCACCUUUACCGUUGGCGACCAGUUUGUAUUGGCAGACACAUAUCUGGUGGCACCCAUCUUCUGCGAGGCGGUGGAGCGCAAUGAGGCGGUUCGGGACAUUUAUGUACCCGGAGGCGUUUGGAAGGAUGUAAACAAGGACAAGAUAGUUCUUGGGCCAAGAUGGCUUAGAGGGUAUAAAGUGUCUUUGACGCAGAUACCCUUCUUUGAACGCAUGCCUCAGUAUUGAGAUAACUUAUGUUUAGAAUUGUGCUGGUAAUGUGAACGUUUAAAUCGGAAGUUAACCGUGAUUUACAAUACAAGCUGUUGUUGUUUGUUUUUAUUGUUACUGUUGUUGUUCUUGUUUUGUUUUUGUUGUGUCCUAUAGAGCAUUAUUAUUUUUACAGAGUUUUUUUUCUUUUUAAAAUUAAUAAAAAAAGAUUCAAAGUAUGAUAAGUUAUCAUGUUUUGAAUUAAGUGCAAUGCAUGAUACAAUAAAUAAUAAAUGUUAAAGUAGUAUUGUUAAUGAUACUGUUAGAAUGUGUACUUACAUGAUGUUUAUAAUCACUGACGUGUACAUAGUUUGGAAUUGCAUAUAAUGGAGCAUAUUUUUAUUAUUAUACACAAAACUUGCUUUAUUCAUCUUCAAAUGGUGCUGUCUUUUAAGAUAAAUAAAUAUUUACACUUAAUAAAUUAAUGCGAACUUGUCUUUCUUGAUUUUGGUUGAUAUAUGGAGUUUUAUUAAUGAAAUAAAAAAAAAUAUUUACA